UAAUGGCCUCGAUCCUCCAGCUGUAACAGUUCACUCACAGGAGUAACCUCCGUAAGACCUACCUCGGAGCCGAGGCCGAGACAGAGAACCUGAGGUGGCUAGGUAGAGGUUGGUAGGGAUUUUGUAAUGCAUUUGCAGGGCGGCUCGGCUCUGGGUGGAUGACGAAAUGCCGCUACCCGGCGAUCUAAAAUUGUUGGACAGGGGUCAGAUCGGACCUCUUCACUUUCUUCUCCGAUCAACCAACUUCCCUCAGCACGGAAAUGAACAGCCGAUAACAUCGCGUGCAACAUCAAGCUCCCGAAAGAUGAGCGCUACAGCUCCCUGACCGAACCAUCCAGUCAGCAUGGUUUUGCGGUCAGCCCAUCGCGCGCUGCUGCUCCCGUCGCGCGCACUCUGCGGCUCAGCAAAACCUUCUCAUGAAGCUUCGGUUCGACCGCUCAGGGCCUCCACAGCACCGCCAGCUCUCGGAUUCCGGUCACAACAUCCUGUCGGAUCCCUUCGAUUCUCGUCGUCUAUCCGCGGAGGCCCAACCCAGCCUGUGACCUCACGACCGGUGUCUGCCGGCCUGCGCUCGACGUUCCGCGAAGGAGGACUCGGAGCGCAAGCUGGCUCGAACUGGAGCCCCCCCAUCUCUAUCUUGCGCCGAUUCGCCACGACACGCGACGCUCGACAGGAAGCAAAGGAUAGCGACAAGCCUGUGGCUUCUAGGGAGGACAAUGCAGCCGUUGAGGAGGUCAAGGCAGAAGAUGGAAAGGCGCCGGACGAGCUCAGCCAGCUCGGCUUCCAAAGAAGCGAGAAGGCGGACAGGGCCGCGCACGUCAACAUGAGAGCGCGGCUCUCGAAGGAAGGCAAAGGGCAGGACAGCAAAGCGAGCUUCGGCGAGGUGUGGCGCCUCAUCAAGAUUGCCCGGCCCGAGGUCAAGGCUCUCGUAGUCGCCUUCGUCCUGCUGCUCAUCUCGUCUAGCGUUACCAUGUCGAUCCCGUUCUCGGUGGGACGAAUCCUGGAUCUCUCCACGAAAGGACCCGACGAAGAGGCGACGCUGUUUGGUCUGACGCUGAAUCAAUUCUUCAUCGGACUGGGCUGCCUCUUGUCUGUGGCGGCCUGCGCCAACUUCGGAAGGAUCAUCCUGCUAAGAAUCGUCGGCGAAAGAGUCGUGGCAAGAUUGCGGACGCAGUUGUACCGUCGAACGUAUGUGCAGGAUGCCGAGUUCUUUGACGCCAACCGGGUUGGCGAUCUGAUCUCCCGAUUGAACUCGGAUACCGUUGUGGUCGGCAAGAGCAUCACUCAGAACGUCUCGGACGGCCUACGGUCGCUCGUCAGCGGAGCUGCGGGCUUUGCAGCCAUGGCAUGGCUGAGCCCGAAGCUCACGUCCAUCAUCCUGAUCAUGGUGCCUCCGAUUGCACUUGGCGCAGUCUUCUACGGCCGAACCAUCAGGAACGUGAGUCGCCAAAUCCAGAAGAACGUUGGCUCUCUGAUGAAGAUCGCGGAAGAGCGUCUGGGCAAUGUCAAGACGAGCCAGGCGUUUUGCGGUGAGAUACAGGAAAUCCACCGGUAUAACCGCCAAGUUCGGAAGAUUUUUGCCCUGGGCCGCAGAGAGUCUAUCAUCUCCGGGACCUUCUUCGCGUCCACUAGCUGGGCUGGAAAUAUGACGAUCCUAGCCAUGCUGAUGGUUGGCGGACAACAAGUCCGAUCAGGCGUCAUGACCCUUGGCGAUCUCACAUCCUUUAUGAUGUAUACCGUUUUCGCGGGCUCGAGCUUGUUCGGCGUCAGCGGUUUCUAUUCGGAGCUCAUGAAAGGUGUCGGAGCUGCCAGUCGGCUCUUCGAGCUUCAGGACAGGCAACCGGUUAUCCCGUCAACGGUGGGAUUGAAAGUUACGUCUGCUAAGGGACCGAUCAAGUUCUCGGAUGUCACCUUCGCGUACCCGACGCGCCCAGCAGUCACGAUAUUCAACGGGCUCGACUGCGAGAUCCCUUCAGGCAGCAAUGUUUGCAUAGUUGGUCCGUCGGGCGGAGGGAAGUCGACUGUUGCCGGGCUUCUGCUCCGCUUCUACAACCCGACCUCAGGAACUGUCACUAUCAACGGCGUUGACGUUACCAAGAUGAACGUGAAGUCUCUAAGGCGACGGAUCGGGAUGGUUGCUCAGGAGCCUGUGUUGUUCUCGGGUACCAUUGCCGAGAACAUCGCGUACGGCAGACCCCAGGCGAGUAGGUUUGAUAUCAUCACGGCCGCUCAGAAAGCGAACUGCGGAUUCAUCAGCGACUUCCCCGAGGGGCUAGAGACCCAGGUCGGCGCAAGGGGCGCCCAGCUGUCAGGCGGCCAGAAACAACGCAUUGCUAUCGCACGAGCCCUUCUCAUGGAUCCGGACAUCCUCAUCCUCGACGAGGCCACAUCGGCCCUCGACGCCGAGUCGGAAACGCUGGUCAACGCGGCAUUGGCGGAGCUCCUGAAGGGGCGGAGAACGACCAUCUCCAUCGCCCAUCGGCUGUCGACCAUCAAGCGCUCGGACAAGAUCAUCGUCCUGUCGAGCGGGGGCACUGUGGCCGAGAUUGGGAGCUACACCGAACUGAGCGCGAACAAGGACAGCGCCUUCAGCAAGCUCAUGGAAUGGCAGAUGAGCGGCGGCGAUAUCCCAAGUGACCUUCGACCCCAUGUCACGGAAGCCGAGGUGAUCGAGGAGGAGCUGGAGGAGGAUAACGACGGUGACGAGCUGGAGUCGGAGCCGGGGCCGGAGCUGGAGAAGAAGAAUAACCAGGAGUAAGGGGAGCAACUCACCUCUGGGUCUCAGAUCCUAUCAUGUGCAAACUUGGGUUGCAUUCGAACUCGGAGUGGCGGUUUUCUACUGCUGCGCUAUCCCGCCUCCCCUCUACAAAGAGUCCGGUGAGACUCAUCCCGCGAAGGAGGCAGGCUCGUGGUGUUUGUUGAGUCAGAGUCGAACACCGUGUAUUUACCUAUACAUUAGAACAGGGGCAAAAAAGGGACACUCCACUCGACCAGGGUGACAGGAAAAGGAAGGGAGUUAUACAGGACAGACGGUCACCGCAUUUGACGGGUUUACCAACACGCCCCCAUCGAGGGCCCACGGCGGCGAAGACAUCUAUAAUGUUAGAUACCUAGUAAUACAGGUUAUGUACACUUUUGAAGUGUUCCCCCCCAC